ACCUGGCGGGUUAUAGAACUGUCUCCCCCUCCCUCGUCUACUCUUUUUUUAAACAAGGAAGGUGGAGUUAAAAAAUGUGGGUCUCUCAACUUGUGUUUAAUUUGAGUCAGUAAGAAACGGACGAACGAGUUAGCGCGAAUUUUCUGCAGUGUUUAGGUUAUUUUACUGAAAAACGUUACACAAAGCCGCUACUUCUUCACAGCGUCGGCACAUGUAAGCGAACGGGGUGGUGAUCAGAGUCAUCUAUGGCAAGUAGCUACAUAGCUAACAUAAGUUACAGUUAGGACAGCAAACCGUCCGUUAGUUAAACUCAUUGUACAUAUAUUGCCAACACAACAGGUGUUUUGCCUGGAGUCGAAUGGCCUCCGUUGUGGUGGUUAAGACAGAGAAGCGACCUGCCCCUGACUCAGAGGAGGGUGUUACAGCGUCCAAAAAGGCCAGAAAGUUAUUACCCAGCCUGAAGACGAAGCGUGCCCCUGAGCUGGUGCUGGUGAUUGGCACAGGAGUGAGCUCAGCGGUGGCUCCACAGGUCCCCGCUCUGCGGUCCUGGAAGGGUUUGAUCCAGGCACUGCUGGACGCUGCAAAUGACUUUGACCUGCUAGAGGAGGAGGAGAGCCGUCGCUUCCAGAAGAGCUUGCAGGAGGACAAGAACCUUGUGCAUGUGGCCCACGAUCUAAUCCAGAAACUCUCUCCGCGGACGGGGAACGUUCGUUCCACCUUCUUCAAGGACUGCCUGUAUGAGGUGUUCGAUGACCUCGAGUGCAAGAUGGAGCACGCGGGGAAGCACCUGCUGCGCUCUGUCCUGCAGCUGAUGGAAAGCGGCGCUUUGGUCCUCACCACAAACUUCGACAAUCUGCUGGAGAUCUAUGCAGCCCACCAGGGCACCAAGCUAGAGUCCCUGGACCUUACAGACGAGAAGAAGGUCCUGGAAUGGGCUCAGGAGAAGAGGAGACUGAGUGUACUCCAUAUCCAUGGUGUUUACACAAACCCCAGCGGCAUUGUACUGCAUCCUGCUGGCUACCAGAAUGUUCUGAGAAACACAGAAGUCAUGAGGGAGAUCCAGAAGCUCUAUGAGACCAAGUCGUUUGUGUUCCUGGGCUGUGGGCGCACAGUGGACGACACCACCUUCCAGGCACUGUUUCUAGAGGCUGUCAAGCACAAGUCAGACCUGGAGCAUUUCAUGCUGGUGCGCCGAGAGAAUGUGGGAGAGUUCAAGAAGCUCCGUGACAACAUGCUUGACAAAGGCAUUAAGGUCAUUUCUUAUGGCAACGAGUACGCUGACCUGCCUGAGUACUUCGAGCGUCUGGCCAAUGAAAUCUGCAACAGAGAUGUGUUGAGCAAUGGCUGUGGAUUUCCCGUACAAGAGGCAGAGGAAAACGAAAAUGGCUUUACUGCACAAAGAGGCCUCCUGCAAGACCAUCACUUGUGACAGUCUAGACAUUCACCAGUUCACCUCAGAUGCCCCACCCCCUUCAGUCUGGUCUGGUGGGACUGGUCUUGACUCACAGGAGACUCCCAGACUCUACAUCCUCACUAAAAUGUUUGGUAUAAAGGGAAAGACUCCACCACAGUUGCACAGCAUAAAAUCAGCUUUGAUGUAAAGGUCUGAUAUAAAAUAUGCUCUGGAAGCAGGGUUGACUGUCGGGUGGAAUACAGUGCUGUUCAGUAAUGCCAAACCAACCAGAAAUCAGUGAUUGGCUGCAAUAACUAUGCAUUAACAUGAAAAAAUUAAUUUAAUCUCAUUCAGGCAUGUUCAUCUGUGAUAUGGACAGUGGAAAUCAUGGGGCUCUGACAUUCAUCAGCAGACUGCACAGACCCACAGAUCCUGCUGAAAUGGCAGAAUUACUAAAAGGAAUUUUAACCGUGAGCCUCAGCCCUCUUUAUUGGACACAUUGUUUUUAUGACUACCUAAGUGAUGAGGAUCAGGUGUAGCAUUGUCAAACAUUUCCUUAAAGGCAUUUUGUAUUUUUAUUACUGUUUGUCUUUGUCAAGAUGUUCUGUAAUGGGUAUUUAUAAAUAUUUUAAAAUAAAACCACUUAUUUGGUA